AUGCUAACAUAUCCUUUAGGUGUCCAGUCCAAAGUACUUACCUUGCAAUGGCCUGAGGGUGGAUUAUUGACGAAAAAGGGAUUUGAAACGCAGGCACGAAUGCUUCGUUAUCAGAUACUAGGCAAAGCUUGUGUAAAAGAUGACAUCAGGGCCUUGCUAUUAGGGCAUCAUCAAGACGAUAAUGUAGAGACUGCUCUCAUGCGUAUAUCCAAAGGUCACAGGAAACUUGGUUUGGUUGGCUUCGAUGAGAUUGCGCCCAUUCCAGAGUGCCAUGGACUAUACGGGGUAAGUAAGAGCGGAUUGGCCACAUCUCUACAGGGCAUCCUAAAGAGCACUAAUAUGGAUGGGACCAUAUCACACCCAUCUUCCGAAAUACCCUCUCGCUCCAUGAAUUUUGCUCCGGGGCAAAUGCAAGUUUCUACUGGUGGAAUAUAUCUUUUCCGUCCUUUCCGUUCUUUUUCGAAAUCACGACUAGUAGCAACCUGCCAGGAAAACAAAAUAGCGUUUGUCUCGGACUCCACGAAUGAAGAUCGCACAUUCACUAUCCGUAAUACAGUACGACAAUUGUUGAAUUCGGAAAAUUUGCUUCCACGUGCCCUACAGCGGCCAUCCAUUCUGUCGCUGGUGGAUAAGUCGAGAGAACAGACUGAAAAAUUCAGAGAGUUAUGCGAAUCUAUCUUAAAGAAAGUAGAGGUCCUCAGCCUUGAUACCCGCUUCGGUACCAUGGUCGUCAAAAUGCCAAUGAUGUCCGAGCUUCCGAAACAUCAGAUAAAUGCGGUUCAGGCACGCACCCCUCUUCCUGAUGGGGUACGAGAUGUUUACGCAUCAGUUCUGCGAAGCUUAUGUGACCUUAUAUCACCACACCCAGACCGAUGGAGCGCAUUGUCACAAUUCCGCAACCCUGCUUACAGGGCAUUUUUCGGGCUAGAUCCAUCUGGCAUGAAUGGUACCGUUUUUACUGUAGGCGGAGUUUUGUGGCAAGCCAUCAAUCAGAAGACGGCAUCAAAGUCCAACACUAAAUUGCUUCUCUCAGAUCUCCCAAGUCUCCAGAACCUCCCCGGUAACCUGCAGCUUCGAGAUCAAGAUUUUACACCGCUUUCUGCUAAACAAAAUAAUGUUUGGCUUCUAUCAAGGCAGCCUAUGCAUUCAGGCAAACCACAGCCUACAAUAAACUUUGCUUUGACAAUACCGGACUACUUAGCAACGAAAACUAAACACGGGGUUAUAUUGCAGAAGAAAGGGCAAAAAAGCCGGCAGCAGGAUGUCGGGAAAUUCAUAUAUACCGAAUGGACCGAUUGGAAACUUUGGGAUAAUCGAUACUGGAUCCGCAUACGUGGCCGCACUAGCAUUCAGCAAUACGAUCGUUCUCAAGAAAGACUUGGAAGGAGUGACAAACCCUUGGGGAAACAAAAAUCAAAGUUCCCCAAAUAUUCGCCUAAUUCUGAAAUACCAAUCCGUCUCCGCCCCCUUAGUCCAGCUGACUUGGUCAGGAUUCGAAAAAUACUAGGGGGAGCCGUAAAGAGAUCAUUAGAUAGAGACAUGGCAAAGGGUCAUUUUAUCUUGGAUGAGGAACGUGAAUCUCGUGCCCGAUCCCGUCGCGACUCUCAGGACUCAGCACUUGUAACCUAUUUAGCUUCUCAAAACCCAAUAUCCGCAACUACGACCUUAACGAGACCACAAGGUCCAGUUUUACCCAUAGCACCAUCUAUGUUUCAGAAACUCCUAGCUCUUCUUGCUCCUGGGAAAAUUCGGUUUUCUGCCCCUAUCUUAACAGAUGUGGCGCCAGAAAUUAAAGACGAUGAAAGUUUUGAGAAUAUACAAGAUCAGCUUUUGGGGAUGCCAUCCAUACCCAUGUCCUUCCGGACAAAGAUACGAGUAAGAACACCCGUUAGAGACACUGGUGGGGGAAGAGAUGAUUGUACUUUUGAUGUACCUUGGAGUGUGGAAUGGGAAGUGAGAUACAAAUGGAUAGACCCGAAUACCGUUCAGGCCGUAUCUUGGAAAGCAUUUGACGUGCCGUGUCAGGGAUCGGGUGCUUCAUAA